CUGGCAUUCCACAAACCAUAAUAUAUAUACGCAAGUUUUAGAUCGUCAUUUACUCUUCCUCUCAUCAGGUAAGUAUUAGUUUUGGUGGGCUAAACUUUCGAAUAGAAAAUGGGUGUAUUCCCUGGAUUUGGUAGCUGGAUCAGUAAGAACAGUCAACAGCCUCUUAAGGCCAAGUCAAAAGGAUCUGAAAAUGUCGAAUCUAAGUUGGUGUCAGAGAAAGACACUAAUAGUAAUGCUCCUGCUAACAAGAGGAAGAAAAGGAAAGAACACUAUGAUGAAAAAGAGGAGAGGAUACAACAUAUACUUUGGCAUGAAGAAGAGAAGAAGCAUCCUUGGCAAAAUCCCCCUCCCAAGGUCAAGGUAACAACUAAGAAGGGUGUUUACCAUAUGAACUUAGAAAUGACCAUAGGAGCGGCGCCUGAAUUAACCUACUUAUGGUUGAUUGAUUCAUGGGGCAGUCAUUUUUAUGAUGAGAAGAAGCGGCGAGACCUUAUGAAAAACAUAUCAAUAAAGGUUUUGACGGAGGAUGGUCCGAGGCGGGUCAUCCAGGUCGAGAAAGCUGUGGUUUAUGACUUCUUUUCGCUGACUUCUAUUCCUAUCCCGUUACAUCUAAUUGUGGAAGAAAACGAAAAAGAUCUUACGGGAAAAUAUAAGAAAGAGAAAGUAAUGUUGAUGAAAGUGUUCGAGGGCAACUAUAAACUGGAGCCUGUAUAUGUAGAUCAGGAGCGGUUGUGUAAAAAGAGGUUACCAAAAAGUCAAGAAGAAUAUAAAAAAUGCAGUGGUGGCCAAGGAAAGAUUGCGACAAAAUUGAUCAUAAACCAAUACUUUGAGCCAUAUCCUCCAUUUAAUCUACCGCCGCUUUCUUGGUACAUCCGUGGGAACACCAUCAAAACCUCCAAAAAUUUGCUCAAUGCACUUCAGGACACGGCUAAGAUUAUACGAAGUACGAAAGGUUGAGUUGAGCUGCCCGAAGAAUAUGCCAGAUUGAGACGUCAAAUGAGACUUUCUUAGUUUUAUAUUUUAUUAGUGUUUAUAAAAAAAUAAAGUAGAUGAAGUUUUUAUAGUUAAAAUAAUAUUUGUUAGUAAUUUCAGUUAUAACACUUUUUUGAAAAAGUGAGUUAUAAUACUUACUUUCAGGACAU